AUUACAUUGGCUUCAUUGAUUUCCAAAACCUCAGGAAUUAUUCAAAUGUAAAAAUUGUGAUAGAAGUAGGAGUUAGAUAACAAGUAACACACUGUGGUACUGACAGACUUCAGUGUGGAAUCUUGUGUGAUUACUACAAUUUCUUAUUAACAAAGAAGUGAAAGUUGAUAAUCAAAGAUGUCGUAUUAUGACCAAUGGUUUCUCACCAACCAACAGCCAGAUUCACCAGGAAAAAGAAAGCGAGAAGAUUUCUAUUCUGAUGGAGGAAAAUAUUCCUCAGAUUACACAGAGGCUGGUGGAUCAACUGGUAGAGGUGGUGGACCAGGUUCUUCUUACAGAGGUGGUGCUGGAGGAUCAGGAAGAGGUAGAGGUAAUCAAAGUGGUAACAGAGGAGAUCAUGGGAGGGGAGGCUAUGGACCUACCAAUUAUUCAGAUUAUCAGCAUGGAAGCACAUCUUGGCAGGGCUUUUCAAACAAUAAAUUUGUUUCGAAGAAACAACGAAUGUUGGAAGAAAUAGCUCAACUUGAAGAUGAUACUGAGGAACUGAUGUUACAAGAAAAGCUCAGAGCUUUGAGGGAGGAAAAGAAGAUGAGAGAAAUGGCCUUGAAUAAGCCAUAUUUAUCAGGAUCAUCAUUUAUGGGCCGAGGUGGAUUUGGAAGGGGCAGAGGAUUUGGUCCAGGAAUGCCACCAAGAGAUAACUUUGGUUGGGGUUAUGGAGCUGGACCUUCCCGAGGAAGAGGUGGACAAGGUUAUCAUUCUAGACGUGGUGAUGGACAUGUUAAUCGUGGAAGAGGUGGUCCAGGUCACAGAUACAGAAAAAUAGAUAAGAAAACAGAUAGAGAAUCUGAAGAGAAAAAAGAAAAGGAACUUGAAGAAAAUAAUCCUUACGAAUAUAAACUGGAACUUAAAGAAGAGGUUGACAUGAAAGGUCGGGAUCAACGAUUACUGACUCUGAUGAAGCUUAUUAAGUCGUUUGAUUAUAGGUCUUCACCAGCACAAACAUUGAGGCAUUGUAUACGAAAUAAUAACCUGAAUAUACAGGUGUAUUUUUAUAAAAACAAAUCAGUUCUUUUCCUGGAUAAACUAUUUAUAGCUAGAGGUACAGCCAGAAACCAAAAGUCUGACACUUAUACACAGGCCAUUGAUAAACUGAGAAAUUUAUCAUUGGAUGAAAUCAAAGCAGAUGCAGAAAAGGCAGGAGAGUACAAUGUUUAUCCGGAAAAAAGACAAUAUCCAGCUCAUUCCACAGAAGAAAUGAGAAAACUGACCACACCCAUAGAAAUAGCUGACUUUCCUUUCAGAAGACGACUGGAAUUGUUCUGUAUAGCAGUAAACCGUCAUGACCCCAACAUAAACUGUACCAAGUUGUACUGUACCAAGUAUGCUAUGAAUUUGAGAUCAGUAUAUACCUUUCAUCCAGAAGAAGCAGAUACCAGAAGACAACAUAUGAGAAUCUAUCUAUGUGAAAUGUUUGUAUGUGAGGCUAUAGGUUAUGAUAGAGGUAAAUGUGACAGGCAGUGCAUUAACAACUUCUAUGAGACCUUGAAGACCAAGACUAUAGAUGAACUUAUAGAAAAUGAUGGAAGAUACAGUAAAGAUGUUUUUCAACCUCCCACAUCAAUACAAUUUAAAGGUGUAGGACAGCAAGUAGAGGACAACCUAUGUAGAUUAGCUAGUUUAAGUUCUGGUACAUUAGAGGCAAUAGAGAAGAAUAAUGCUGAUGAUUUAGUUCUUAUAGAGAGAAAGAGCUAUGAUGGCUCUUGGAGUAAGAUUCUAGAAGAUAGUGCCUUAUACAAUCGACUAAAACUGACUUAUGUCUGGGAUUUAGUUCACCCUGGUGGAGAGCUUCCAGAAAUUGGUACAGAAAAGAAGAUGGAAUUUGAAGUAGAGAUGAUAAAGGAUGGAAGAAAAAGUGGAAAAAAAGGAAAGAGUUCUAAAAAGGCAGAUGUUGAAGAAGAUAGGGUGUUUGCCGAUACUAAUGAAAUAGAUGAUGUUGAGAGACAUAAAGAAGCUGUAGCUCAAAGAGCAAGAGAAUAUAGAGUUAUGAUGAUAAGUUGUAAAGUGUUCUUACAAGAUAAGUGUGUUGGUGAGGGAUAUAGUAUUUAUAGGCGAUGUGCUCAACAAGUAGCUGCUGCUAUAACUUAUAAAAAUCUCUUCAGUAAACACACUGCUAUAUAUGAUGAUGGUAAACAAGAAAAUCAAGAUUAUGAUUACGCUGAUAUUAUAAAGAGGGCUGAGGAAUUAUGCCAAGAGUUACCAAAACCACCAGCUUUUGAAGAUUUUGAUCAAUCACUAUCUAGUUCUGAUACAGCAGAUCUUACUGUUGAAAGACACGACAAUGAUAAUGAUGAUAAAUCUGAUGAAAAUGAUCAGUCAGAUGAUGAUGCAGACUAUAAACUGGAAAAUGAUGAACAGAAUAAAGAAAGUAACAAAGGAAACAACAAAACUAUAGAAUGUAAAACUUUAGGAAAAACAAUUUUUUUCCAUGACAAAGAAGAGGAAUUGUUACCAUGGAUCAGAGAAAUAGUUAAAAGAGAUUUAGAGAAGCUAGCUGCAUCAGAUGUUUUAUCGAAAGGAUAUGUAGUGUAUCGUGGAUACCCAGGACAUAUGAAUCGCUUCCUUCGGUUUUGUUCUAAGAAAUAUGGACUUGAUAUUAGGUCAAGAAUGGACAAAGGUAAAAAGUCUGGAAUGAUAUUAACUAAACCAAUACCACAAGCUAAAGAUAUGGUAGAAAAGUUGAUGGAGAUUCCUGAUAAAUGUUGUAAUGGCUAUACAUUGGAACAAAUACGCCAACCUGAUGGCAAUCUUGAGGUCUAUCAUAAACUUGUAAAACAAAGUUCAUUAAAACUACCCAAACAAAAACAAGGUGUGAAAGAAGAGUAUACUACAUCAGUUCAAUCAUUUAAACCAGUAUUAGAUAGUUAUCAGACUAGUAACAGUUCCAUUGAUACAACCAACAGUCAACCGGGUUUAUAUAGGACUGCUACUACGGCCAGUGCCUUCAACAGUAACCCAGCUGCUAACUCUCAACCACUUCUGUCUCUACAUCGAGGAUCAAAACAUGCACAAGUCAGAUCAUUCCAAAGAAAAUCUGAAAAGGCAGAUAGUCAAGAAGAUAAAUCAAAAACAGACAACCAGUGUUUUCCAAAUCAACGUGCCUUACAAGACAGUGUACUAGACUUUCAGUCUAAUCACAAUUUUUGUGAUAACCCUAUCCCACCAUACAGAAGGCAGCCACCGAGGUUAAAUCUCCACAGACACUCUGAAAGGAUGCCAAAGUUACCUUUCAGACGUUAUUCAUCCCCACCAGUUUAUGAAUCUUGUCAGCAAGAUUUUCCUGAUUAUUGUGAUGACAUCCAAUCUAAUUACCAAAGACGAUAUAGUGAUAAUGAAUCAUCAAGACAUCACAAUGGUUCUAUAAGAUAUAGUCCAUUACAGUCGAGAGGUCGCUCAGAUAAUAUUCUUAGACGUCAUUCCUUACGAGGAAGACAUGAAACAAGGCCAUCAUUCUCUUCAUUUGAAGCAAGACAUGAUUUUAAAUGUGAUCAAGACUAUUAUGAGACAUCACGAUGGAACUACAGAACAUGAUGUCUAAUCAUCAAUAACGAAUAUUUUUUAGUCUGUAUUGAUGGCCUAAUGUUGCUUUUCCUCUUUGAAGAUCAAAGACAAGAAUAUUUCACAUACUUUUUGAAAGGUAAAAAAAAGUUUAACCUUUAAUACUAACAGAGAAUUAUCAAAAAAGAGAAUCAAACUUUUUAUUUUCAGAAUCAAGUACUGUACCUUGAUUAAACUGAUAUUGCAUAAUUUUGUUAUUUAAACAACAUUCCAUAUAGUCUUUUAUACAAUAUUCCAUGAACAUUCCUUGAACUUUUAUUCAAUAAUUUGUUAUUACACAUGUUGAAUUUUGUUAUCUAAUUUAUUUUAAGUUAUGCUAGUUCACAGUCUAUGAACAUUAUAUUUAUAUAAAGUUCCAGAAUUAAAGUCACAGAAUAUUUCGGCUUUAUCUGGUUUAAUUUGAUGCUUUUCAUUUUGUACCAAAAGCCUAGUUUAUGAAUCAAGAAAUCAAAACUUGUUUUUUUUUUUUAAUUGUGAAAAUUCUAUAGGCCUACAUGGGUUGUCAACCUUUUUCUCUCUAUACUAUUACUGCUUUCAGGAUUCUUGAUCAAUUGCAUAACCCCCUUCCUCCUUUAAAUCCUUACUAUUUCUCGGUUUUCUCUUAGAUCUAUUUAGCCUGACCGAAUAAGGCGACUUAAAUUAUAAUUGUCAAAAGAUUUAUGCUACACUACUUCAUUACUCCCCCAAAAAAUCAAUAUUACCCCCAGGUUGAGAACCCCUGCUUUAACAACUCGAGUUCCAGUCAAAACUAUUGUUGCCGUGUUAGCUCAGUUAUGCAAUUAUUAUUUGAUUUUGUUUUGUUUUGGUUGUUGGUAUAAAUAAAUUGUUCUAUAAUGUUUG